AUGUCGUCAGUCACAGCAGACCACACUAUCGUCCUGAUCACAGGCGCAAACCAGGGUAUUGGCUUUGAGUGCGUCAAGAAGCUGGCCGCCGAACAAGCCAACUAUCACAUCCUGCUCGGCUCGCGAAGUUUAGAAAGGGGGAAGGAGGCAGCCAGCAGCAUCACAGAUCUGGCCCGAGGCACUGCCGUCGAAGCUCUCGAGCUCGACGUCGACGACGACGAGUCCAUUGCCAAAGCGGCCAAAUACGUCGAGGAGAAGUUCGGACGGCUCGACGUCCUACUCAACAACGCCGGAAUCAGCCAGGUCAAGGACGUGAGUUUCCGCGAGAACAUGACUCGUGUGCUGCAGACCAACACCAUCAGCGCCGCCUGCGUUACGGAAGCGUUCAUCCCACUGAUGCGAAAGGCCCCCGUCCCGCGCCUCCUCUUCAUGUCCUCUGGGCUCGGUUCCGUCACCCUCACUCUGGACCCUUCGUUCCAAUAUUACGGGCUGGGAAAUGCAACGGCAAUCAAGGGAUACAUAGUCUCCAAAUGCGCAGAGAAUAUGGUCGGGGCGCUGUAUGCGGUUCAACUGGGCAAGGAAGGUUUCAAGGUCAACAUGACCUGCCCGGGCCACAGAGCCACCAACUUGAACGGGUAUAACGAGCACGCCGGGCCGGCUGCCGACGGGGCGAUCGAGGCAUGUCGACUCAUUGUUGACACAGACAAGAAUGGUCAACAUGCCACUUUCACCACCUCGCCAGAGAAACAGUAUCCGUGGUGA